CGGCAGCAGAGCUCGGGGAGCUCCCGUGGCAGCCACCGGGGAAUCCCUCUCCGAUCCCUCACCGCACUCUCACCGCGCCCUCGCUCCGCGCAGCGCCCCGAGCCCCAUGACCCUGAACCGCGGCGACAAGCGGCGCGGCAGCACGCCGUUCGCGGCGCAGCAGCACCUGCACCGCCGCAGCAUGCCCGUGGACGAGCGCGACCUGCGGCCGCUGCCGCCCGAGGAGCUGUCGGGCUUGGCGCGCUGCACCUCGUACAGCCCCGGCGGGCAGCACCGCCAGAGCUGGGCCUCCGACUCCUCCGACUCCGUCAUCUCCUCGGGCAGCGACUCCGACGGCAGCCUCUACAAGGUGAUCCUGCUGGGCGAGCACGGCGUGGGCAAGACCAGCCUGGCGCGCAUCUUCGGCGGCGUGGAGGACUGCGCGGACGCCGAGGAGGCCGGAAAUACAUACGACAGGUCAAUUAUAGUUGAUGGAGAAGAAGCGUCUCUCGUGGUGUUCGAUAUAUGGGAGCAGGAUGACAGCCAAUGGCUCCAGAACCACUGCAUGAAAAUGGGAGAUGCCUAUAUUAUUGUCUACUCAGUGACAGACAAAGUUAGUUUUGAGAAGGCUUCUGAGCUAAGAAUCCAGCUGAGAAGAGCAAGGCAGACAGAAGAUAUUCCUAUAAUCCUUGUGGGAAAUAAAAGUGACCUGGUCAGGUCCCGGGAGGUCUCAGUUGAUGAGGGCCGGGCCUGUGCCGUGGUGUUUGACUGCAAGUUCAUCGAGACGUCGGCUGCUCUGCACCACAACGUGAAGGACCUGUUUGAGGGCAUCGUGCGGCAGAUCCGGCUGCGCAAGGACAGCAAGGAGGACAACGCGCGCAGGAUGGCCAACGCCAAGAGGAGGGAGAGCAUCAGCAAGAAGGCCAAGCGCUUCCUCGGCAGGAUUGUGGCCAAGAACAACAAGAAGAUGGCUUUCAAAGCAAAAUCCAAGUCUUGCCACGACUUGUCCGUGCUAUAGGAGCCCUCAGGGAGGGACGGACGAGCCCCUGAUCCCCUGAGGAUCCCCUGGGCACAGCGGCCGUGGCUGCCCCAGAGACUCUCGUUAAUGCCUUAAGGUGCUCAAGCAAGGCUGGAAGUUACACCACAGUGCUUCAUUGAUAAAUGGGUUAAGUUUCAGUGUGUGCAAGUAAAUGAACUAACUUGAAAUACGAGGCUUGACAUGCCCACUGUGUACAUAUGUUCUAUAUCUUCUUGUCUUGUGGAUACCAGAGAUGCAAAGAUAAGAAAGGAUAAUAUCACCAUAGACUUGUCUUGUUUGCAGAGCAAAACUUCAACUUGUACGCAGGCUCGUACACUCUUUUUAGUACAAAGCAAGCAAUGAUAAAUCUUUUUAAACUUAAAUGUGGGGAGGGUGAAGUAGAGCCACAGUAGAAUGGGAGAAAACAAAUUAUAUAUAUAUUUAAAUACAGAACAGAUAUCAUUUUAUUAAGUUAAUUUGCACUUCCAUUAACUGUUAUUCGAUUAAUUGGUUACUUGUUUACAUGCAGAUUUUAUAAUAAAAUAUUAUUUCCUGUUAUAAUAAA